AUUUUACGACUUUAUUUACAGCACUUCACGGCAGUUGUAAAAGGUUGGUCAUACUGAUGGUUAGUUAAGUUUUACAUGAGGUUGGGAUCUGUGUUUCAUGCUGAAGAGGCUGGAAAGACUUAGACCCCCAUGGAAAAUUACUGCAAGGCCCGCACGGUGGAGCAGCCGUGUCCCUGUCCGUUCCCUGGGCUGCCCAGUGACACCCCUGAAGUGCGCGUGAAAGACGGCAGCAAGAUUCGCAACUUGAUGGGCUUCGCCGUGGGUCGCAUGGACGUCGAGGCCGUCCGCUGCAUCCUGUUCUCGGGGACCGGCCGGAGCGUGGCGAAGGCCAUCACGUGCGUGGAGAUCCUGAAGCGGCGCGUGAAAGGACUGCACCAGCACACACACCUCCUCUACCAUACCGUGCAGGAGAUAUGGGAGCCGCGAGAGCCCGACGCCAGCCUGGACACACUCACCGUGAGCAGGAAUGUGCCGGCCAUUUGGGUGCUGCUUUCCAAAGACCCGCUGGACCCCACACGACCCGGAUACCAGGCCCCUGGCAGGAUUGAUACUCUCUGGGCACAGGCUGCCAAAGAAGAGGAGGCGGAGCAUAAGCAGGGGUCCAGGAGGAAGAGAGGAGGAGGAGGAAGAGGAGGAGGUGGUAGUGGAAGGGGCAAGGGGGGCUCUGCUCGGCAGGGGGUGCGUUGGGAAGGUGGUAAAGUGCAAAAACAAGGACUGCAGCACCGAUGAACCCCCUCUCCCCCCACAUCGUGUCCCUGACUGUCCAGAAUGACCAAACUGUGCAUGAAACCCUCGUGGUGUUUCUAAGACUAAUGAGAAAUGAAUGGUAAGAUGGUGCACAGAAUGAUGUAUUGGGUGACAAAGAUCUCGCCUCAAAAGUAACAGCAAAUAAGUAAAUACUUGGCUAAUAAUACUGCUUUGUGGCCAAACAAGAAAUCUAGUGUAUUUAAUUUUUUUUUUUACUCCUUGCUGAAAUAAACAUUUGAUAAUUGAA